GAACGCCGCACUGCGUAAGGGAGCGGCCCCGGCCCCCGCCUUGGGCCUGUUGGAUAGGCGAUAAUCGGCAGAAACGUGAUCGUCAGGGGAGCACUUCGGUGCGGUCGCGUCACAUCCUCCCAAAAGAAGUGUUGCAGCUCUCCCAGCUUGUUCGCCUGCCCAACGGGGCGCUUGAAGAUUUAGGCUUAGACAGACCAUGACAAAAUUCUGCCAAGAGCAAUUGGCUCCAAAGGCCCAGCAGAUUGACCAGGAAAACGAAUUCAAAGGCAUGCGGGACUUUUGGAAGAAACUUGGAGAACUGGGAGUUCUGGGAAUCACAGCCCCUGCGGAAUACGGUGGAUCUGCCCUGGGAUACCUUGACCACGUGCUGGUGAUGGAGGAGAUCUCCCGUGCCUCAGCGUCUGUGGGGCUCAGUUAUGGGGCCCACUCCAACCUGUGCAUCAACCAGCUCGUACGCAACGGCAACGAGGCCCAGAAGCACAAGUACCUGCCCAAGCUAAUCAGCGGGGAGCACAUUGGAGCCUUAGCCAUGAGCGAGCCAAAUGCUGGCUCUGAUGUUGUGUCCAUGAAGCUGAAAGCAGACAAGAAAGGAGACUUCUUUGUUUUGAAUGGGAACAAAUUCUGGAUCACCAAUGGGCCGGAUGCGGAUGUUCUCAUAGUCUAUGCUAAAACUGACAUGAACGCUGUCCCGGCCUCCCAAGGCAUAACCGCCUUCAUCGUGGAGAGGGGAAUGCCGGGUUUCAGGACAGCCCAGAAGCUGGAUAAGCUGGGAAUGAGAGGAUCUAAUACCUGUGAAUUGAUCUUCGAAGACUGCAAGGUCCCUGCUGAAAAUGUCCUGGGGACACUGAGCAAAGGAGUCUAUGUUCUGAUGAGUGGAUUGGACCUGGAGAGGCUCGUGCUGUCUGGGGGUCCCCUGGGGCUCAUGCAAGCUGUUCUUGACCAUGCAAUUCCAUACCUGCAUGUCAGAGAAGCAUUUGGACAGAAAAUUGGUCACUUCCAGCUCAUGCAGGGCAAGAUGGCAGAUAUGUACACACGGCUCAUGGCCUGCCGGCAGUACGUCUACAAUGUGGCCAAAGCCUGUGACCAGGGCCACUUCAAUGCCAAGGACUGUGCCGGAGUUAUCCUGUACUCAGCAGAGUGUGCAACACAGGUGGCCCUGGAUGGGAUCCAGUGCCUGGGUGGGAACGGUUACAUCAAUGACUACCCCAUGGGGCGCUUCCUGCGCGACGCCAAGCUCUACGAGAUCGGGGCAGGCACCAGUGAGGUGCGCAGGCUCGUCAUCGGCAGGGCCUUCAACGCCACCUUUAAGUAACACUGCCAGUGCAGAGGCAGCACCAUGACCACCACGAGGCCUUGACUGUGAGACUGGAGUGCACAACUCGGCUUCUUCCUGCCUGCCAUUCCAGCGUUGUCACUUGUGGAGUCUCCUCUGCCUGCUUUGGGAACAGAUGCUGCUGGACUUUGCUUGGAAACAAUGAAUCAGAGGGUACAUGGCAGAAGAAGUGUUUUUUCUCUUUUGUGAUCAUCCUGAUUCAUGGUGUUCAUGAGCUGUUGAUUCUCAGCUUUGCAAGGCAGACGUUCAUCCCACCCACCAGGCAGGGUGGCAAGGGGUGUGCAGCCACUCCUGCACACAGAAAGUCAACCCAAACCCACCAAAAUGGACAAUGAGGGAACAGCUUUGUUCUUACCAAAAAGCCCUGAGUGCCAUUAAACAGUUAGAAUUUAGCAUAUUGCCAUUGGAAGGUGAAACUUCCUGCUGUGACCUUCCAAUGGGAUUAAUACCUUCCAUUUUGGGAACUCUACACCAACCACAUUGUGGGGUUGGUAUCAUGAACGCUUAAAGGGGUUAAAAGUAAUCUGUGCAUGAGCAGCGUUUUAGGUGCUGAAUCCUAAAACCUCCUUAAAUCCCAUGUGUGUUGCAUUGCAGAAUUCCUUUCCUAUUUGCAGCUUUACAAUUCUGGCUGCCUCUGGAGUUAUUUGGGUGCAGGCCUGAGGCCUCACUCUACUGACUGACUGCUCCCACCAGGUCAUUCUCUCAGAGUUGUCACCAUCCAUCACUUUGGGGACAAGUUAAUACAUCAAAGCUGUGUUGUGACAUCUGUGAAUGAAGCAGGCAGAAAGAGCUGACUUCUUUGGGGUUUGGUUCCCUCUGAAGGCUGUUAUUUUGGCCAAGCCUGUCCUCACACUCCAACUCUGGGCAGCUGAGCAAUGUUUGUGAGUGAUCUCAGUGCAUCUCGUAUCCAGCAAAUCAGGGCUUAUCCAGCUUUUUAAAGGAAAUCGCACAGCAUCCUGCCAGUGAAUCACAAGUGGAAUCACAAAUGGAAAUAGGCUGUUGGAAAUGUGAUUGAACAGUUAAUUAAACUGUUGCCAUGUAGGCAACUCCCAGCAGUUUUAACAAAA